AUGAGGCGGCCUUGGGACCAUGAGGCGGCCUUGGGCCUGGCGGCUCCAGCGCGCAGCAGGCAGCUGGGGCCGGGGCAUCUUGGCUCCCGCGGGCGUUUCUUGCCGGCCCUGCGGAGAGAUUUCUUGACUACUACAACUACGGAUGGAUAUGAUAGGAGUCCAGUAGACAUAACUCCUUUAGAACAGAGGAAAUUAACUUUUGAAACCCAUGCACUGGUUCAGGACUUGGAAACUCAUGGGAUUGACAAAGCACAAGCAGAAACAAUUGUAUCAGCAUUAAGCACUUUAUCAAAUGUGAGCCUGGAUAUGAUCUACAAGGAAAUGGUCACACAAGCUCAACAGGAAGUAACAGUACAACAGCUGAUGGCUCAUUUGGAUUCCAUCAGAAAAGACAUGGUCAUCCUAGAGAAGAGUGAAUUUGCAAACUUGAGAGCAGAGAAUGAGAAAAUGAAAAUUGAGUUGGACCAGGUUAAGCAGCAACUGAUGCAUGAAAUCAGCAGAAUCAGGGCAGAUAAUAAACUGGAAAUCAACAUCGAAAGGGGCCGAGUAACAGAUAUGUUUACAGACCAAGAAAAGCAAUGUAUGGAAGCAACCACAGAAUUUACCAAAAAGGAUACUCACAUCAAAAGUAUUAUUUCAGAGACCAGUAAUAAAAUUGAUACUGAAACUGCUUCCUUAAAAACACUGAUGGAAUCCAACAAGCUUGAGACUAUUCGUUUUCUUGCAGCCUCUGUGUUUACUUGUCUGGCAAUAGCAUUGGGAGUUUAUAGAUUCUGGAAGGACUCCUAA